AUGGAUUCUGAUGAUGAAGAAAAUGUUCAACGACAAUAUUCACAAAUGACAACAUUUAAAGAUAAAUUUGAAGUGGCAUGGGAUUUUAGAGCUCGAUAUAUUGACGUAAAUCGUGAUAAAAUUAAUAAAACAGUUGGUCGAUCAAUGAUCUGGAGAGAAAUUGGUAACAAAGAAUACACUACUGCAAAAAAUAAAGAUUACUUACGGAAAUCAAUUGAAGCAUACACCAAGAGUAUUGCUUUUGCACCACUUGGAUCCAAAGAAUUGUCAUUGGCUUAUGCAAAACGUUCAGCUGUAUUGUUCAAAGCAAGACUCUAUGAAGAUUGUCUUCUUGACAUUGAACGUUCAUUAAAAACAGGCUAUCCAGAUAAAUUAAAAACAAAAUUAUUUUUACGUCAAUCAUUGUGUUUCAUAGCAUUAAAACCGAGCUCACAUAUUGAAACAGGUAUUUCAAUGGCUAAUGCAAUCCAGUCGCUUCCUAAUUUCAAAAAAAAUAAUUCAAAUUACAACAUCAAAGAUGAAUAUUCAAAGAUGAUUAAUGAACUUAAAGAACCACGUGAAAUUAUUAAAUUUAUACCAGAAAUAAAAAAUGAUAAUGCAGUAAUAGUUGGUGCAUCUGAUGCAAUUGAAUUGGAAAAAACAAAUGAUAAUAAUCAACAUGUUGUUGCAACAAGAGACAUCAAAUCUGGUGAAUUUAUUUAUAUUUCUGAGCCAUUUGCAGCAACUCCUAGUUAUGAACUACGUUUUACAAAUUGUUGGCAUUGUUGUCGCCAAACUUGGGCUGGUAUACCAUGUGAUAAUUGUUCAGCUAUCAUAUAUUGUUCUGAUAUAUGUAAAAAAAAAGCAUGGAAUAGUUAUCACAAUAUUGAAUGUUUACUAUCAGAACAACUUUGGAAGUUCGACAAAAUUCUACCAGGCCAUUUAUCAACAGUAAAACUUUUUUUGAAGACACUCAACUUAGCUGGUGGUUUGCUUGAAUUAAAAAAAAAAGUUGACAAUAGUGACUCGAUGAAAAAUGAAUUAAUAUUUACCAAUGGGAUUCUUAAUGUUAAUACCAUCGAUAAUUUUCUUAAUCUUGAUUUUUUCGAAGCAAUAUCAAAUAAGUGUACUUUUGAAAUUGCAUCAUUUGUGUUCUUCGUUGAUACCAAUGUUGAUUGGUCAACAGUCAUGUUACCAUUUUCGAAGAUAUUAAAACUAAGCUGUGAUCCUAAUGUCGAUUGGACUCAUGUCGGUUCAAAUAUUGGAUAUUAUGCUUGCAAACCAAUCAAGCAAGGACAACCGAUUGUCUCAAAUCGUUUUGUUACUUACCAUACAUCAUCUAAAACUGACCGAUAUAUUGUAUUUGAAAAAUUUUUUGGUCUCCCUGAAUCAUGUGAAUGUACAGCAUGUGUCGAAAAUUGGCCGACUAUAGAAGAUCUGCCAUCUUACAAGUAUGAUAUUGCCGACAAGGAUCAAGAGAGAGUUAAACUGUAUGACGCUAAAAUUCAAAGAGUGGAUACAGCUCAUCGACCAGAGAAAUCCUAA